CCAAUAUGUUCAAGUGCAUUCCAAUAUUUAAAGGCUGUAAUCGCCAGGUCGAGUUUGUGGACAAACGCCAUUGCUCACUGCCGACAGUACCCGAAGAGAUUUUACGCUAUUCGCGUACAUUGGAGGAAUUAUUCUUAGAUGCGAAUCACAUACGUGAUUUACCGAAGAAUUUCUUCAGACUCCAUCGUUUACGAAAAUUGGGCUUAAGUGACAAUGAAAUUGCUCGUCUGCCACCAGAUAUACAACAUUUUGAAAAUCUUGUGGAACUGGAUGUUUCACGUAAUGAUAUUCCAGACAUUCCCGAUGACAUCAAACACUUGAAAAGUUUACAAGUGGCUGAUUUCAGUUCAAAUCCAAUUCCAAAAUUACCCGCUGGCUUUUCACAAUUAAAAAACUUAACAGUUUUAGGUUUAAAUGAUAUGUCACUCACAACAUUACCGGCAGACUUUGGAUGCCUUACACAAUUGGAAUCAUUGGAACUGCGUGAAAAUCUAUUGAAACAUUUACCCGAAUCCAUUAGUAAAUUAACAAAACUGAAACGCCUUGAUUUGGGCGAUAAUGAAAUCGAACAACUGCCACCAUAUUUGGGUUAUUUGCCCGCACUGCAAGAACUAUGGUUAGAUCAUAAUCAAUUACAAAAAUUGCCGCCAGAAUUGGGUCUGCUAAGCAAUCUGACCUAUUUGGAUGUAUCGGAAAAUCGCCUCGAAGAGGUGCCCAAUGAGAUAAGUGGUUUGGUAAAUUUAACCGAUUUAGAUUUGGCCCAAAAUCUAUUGGAAUUUUUGCCCGAUGGCAUUGCCAAACUGCAUCGCCUAACCAUCUUGAAAUUGGACCAAAAUCGUUUACAAAGACUCAAUACAAAUAUUGGAGACUGCGAAAACAUGCAAGAACUUAUACUCACCGAAAACUUCCUAUCCGAAUUGCCAGCCUCCAUUGGCCAAAUGACCAAAUUAAGCAAUUUAAAUGUCGAUCGCAAUGCCCUCGAAUAUCUCCCCAUCGAGAUUGGCAAUUGCACCAGUCUGGGUGUCCUCAGUCUGCGCGAUAACAAAUUGAAAAAAUUGCCACCAGAGUUGGGUAAUUGCAGUGUUCUGCACGUGUUAGAUGUCUCGGGAAAUCAAUUGCAAUAUCUGCCAUAUUCCCUGGUGAAUUUACAAUUGAAAGCCGUUUGGUUGUCGGAAAAUCAAGCCCAGCCAUUGUUGACAUUCCAGCCGGAUACAGAUGAGGAGACUGGCGAACAGGUCUUGACAUGUUAUCUACUGCCACAACAGGAAUAUCAACCCAUUGCACCCGAUUUUCCACCCGGUCAACUUUAUCGAUCAAGUGAGAAAUUCGAUUCAACGGAAUUCCAUCAAUACCAACAACAAGCUCGUGAAUUAGAAUCCGAUUCGGAGGGCUGGGAAGAACGUGAAUCAUCUCGCACACAUUCGGUUAAAUUCAAUGCCGAUGUGCCGACCCACGAGAAAGAUUCCACAUUUACCCGACAAAAUACACCACAUCCCAAGGAGUUGCGUGACAAGGCCAAAAAGCUAUUGGCCAAAAAUCGUACCGAUGACCCAGCUGGCGGUUUGGAACCACUCUCGGAAGAGAAAAAUUCAAAACAAGAAUACAGUUCCACCACUGUGGAGAGUACAACAUCGCCAUCUAGUAACUAUAGUGAGGAACCAUCACUCAAGCAAGCAAUUCUCCAUGGGCAAACACAACAAUUGAUUGUGAAGACACAAACCAAUGCCAACCAGCAGCAGGCGCAACAACCACCAUCGUCAGGGGCUGCCGAAACUAAAUUGGAAAAUAUGACAGCAGCCAGUAGUGUGUCGCAUGAUGAUGAAGAUGACGAUGAGGAGGAUGAUGAAUAUGAUCAAUCCGAAAGACGUGUUGGUUUUCAAGUUGAACACGAUGAUGAGGAAGAUUUCCGUAAUAGACCACCGAAACUACACAGAAGGGAUACUCCUCAUCAUUUGAAAAACAAACGUGUCCAGCACAGUAUCAGCAAUAAGAAAGAUCAUGAAAUCCUCACCAAUGCAUUGCAGCAGGAAAAGAAAGUCCAACAGCUGCCCACAGUGGUACAAUCUCCCAUAGCUGAAAAUCCUUCAGAAAAUGAAGCGGAGUUACAAGAAAACACGGCUCCUGCACCAUUUGACGCUUCGCUGUCGCCAAUUGCGCCAAAGCAACAACCCGUUGAUAGCGCCCAACCAACAGCGGCCAUCAAUGCUGAUGUUAGUUAA